AUUGCCAUCGCCUACAGCAAUAUAAGUCAAUACACCGGCCCCAAAGCAUCCAGCACAUCAUGAAGCUCACCCCAAUCCUCCUGACAGCCCUCCUCCCCGCCACCAUCCUCGCAGCCCCCGAAGCAGAACCCGACCCCGUUGCGGACCCCGAGCCCGAGAUCGAGGCCCGCCAGGCCACUACAGGUUCAGUCUCCUGUUCGAUCUUCGGGAACAUCGUCAGCAAGAAGCUCCCCGCCCCCUGCGCGGUCAACGGGCCGACGUUCGCCAAGAACAAGAGGGUCACCUUCACCUGUCAGAUCCUGACUGACGAAACCUGGAUAAGAAUUGGACCCUUCGGAUCCGGAAGCUCCUGGGUUCGACGGACUGAUCCCGCUGUGCAGCCGUGCUCUGGCUUCGCAUCUGUGAAAUUGCCCAAGUGUUGAAGUCGGGUAGCAUACGGUGGAUCUAUGGCGCACUGGCGGGUUCGGUUGUGGGGUUCUGUUGCGUG